UGGGAGGAGUAACCAAGUUUCACUUCCUUGUGGGUUGGAGACACACAGCUGGCUUGUCUCAAAAAGGAGGAGAGUGUGAGGAGCAGCAGAACCCAUUGCUUCUUCCCGCGGCACCUGCAGGGGCUUUGCAGACUCGAGGAGCGCGAAUGGGCAGAGCAGAGUCUCUAAAAGGGACGAUGAGCACCCAGGAUCCUUCAGAUCUGUGGAGCAGAUCCGAUGGAGAAGCUGAGCUGCUGCAGGACUUGGGGUGGUAUCACGGAAACCUUACGCGCCACGCGGCGGAGGCUCUCCUCCUCUCAAAUGGAUGUGACGGCAGCUACCUCCUGAGGGACAGCAAUGAGAGAACCGGGCUGUACUCUCUCUCCGUGAGAGCCAAAGACUCUGUCAAACACUUUCAUGUUGAAUAUACUGGAUAUUCAUUUAAAUUUGGCUUUAAUGAAUUCUCAUCUUUGAAGGAUUUUGUCAAGCAUUUUGCAAAUCAGCCUUUGAUUGGAAGUGAGACAGGCACUCUCAUUGUUCUGAAACAUCCUUAUCCAAGAGAAGUGGAAGAACCUUCCAUUUAUGAAUCCGUCCGGGUUCACACAGCAAUGCAGACAGGAAGGACAGAAAGUGACCUGGUGCCCACUGCACCCUCUCUGGGCACCAAGGAAGGUUACCUCACCAAACAAGGGGGCCUGGUCAAGACCUGGAAAACAAGAUGGUUUACUUUGCACAGGAAUGAACUGAAAUACUUCAAAGACCAGAUGUCACCAGAACCAAUUCGGAUCCUAGACUUAACAGAAUGUUCCGCUGUACAAUUUGAUUACUCACAGGAAAGGGUAAACUGUUUUUGCUUAGUAUUUCCAUUCAGGACGUUUUAUCUCUGUGCAAAGACAGGAGUAGAAGCUGAUGAGUGGAUCAAGAUAUUACGUUGGAAACUGUCUCAAAUAAGAAAACAGCUGGACCAAAGAGAAGGCACAAUCCGAUCUCGGUCGUUCAUCUUUAAGUAG